AUGGCGAAUCCAUUGCUUGCCGACCGCGACGCGCCAGCCGUCGGCAAGCGUUGGGCUUCCAACUUCGUUAAGCGACACAAAGAGCUCAAGACACGUUUUUUUCGUAGAUAUGACUACCAAAGGGCGAAAUGCGAAGAUCCAAUCAUUAUUCGUAACUGGUUCAAGCUCGUGGAGAACACAAUCGCGAAGUACGCCAUCCGACCGGAUGAAAUUUACAACUUUGACGAGACUGGCUUUAUGAUGGGCGUUAUUGCGAGCGGCAUGGUCGUCACUGGUACAGACAGGCGUGGGAGGCCAAAAGCAGUGCAGCCCGGAAAUCGAGAAUGGAUUACUGUCAUUCAGGCGAUCAAUGCUGAAGGCCAGGCAAUCCCACCCUUCAUCAUAGGUGCGGGCCAAUAUCAUCUCGCCAACUGGUACCGAGACAGCAACCUCCCAGGCAACUGGGCCAUUGCGACGAGCGAAAAUGGCUGGACCGAUAAUGAGAGAGGUCUCGAGUGGCUCAAGCACUUUGACCGGCUCACAACCAAAGGGUCCAAAAACCGCUAUCGUCUUCUAAUCCUCGACGGGCACCAGAGUCACCAUUCUGUCGAUUUUGAGAGAUAUUGCAAAGCAAAUAAGAUCAUAACGCUUUGCAUGCCACCUCACUCAUCUCACCUACCCCAGCCUCUUGAUACCGAGUUCUUUCCAGCCUUUUAUGCAGCCUAUCAAGCCAUCAUGACAGAAAAUAAUAUCAAAGCAGCGUUCAGAGGGGCUGGCCUCGUUCCUCUCAACUUGGAAAGUGUGGUCUCAAAGCUUGAUGUGCAGCUACGGACCCCUACACCGGUUGAGGAGGAGGCUGGCCCUUCGACAGCUUGGGUGUCAAAGACGCCAAAGACGGUGCUCGAGGCCGGAUCACAAUCUGAAUACCUCGAGAGACGCAUCAGGCGGCACCAUAGUAGCUCUCCAGAGUCAAUUCUGGAGGCGUUAAAGUCAUUUUCCAAAGGAACUAAAGCGGUAAUGCAUAAGGUUGCCUUAUUGACAGCUGAGGUUCAACAUCUUCGGCAAGCAAAUGAGAUACUUAGCCGGCGGCGAAGGGCGAAAAGAACGCGACUACAGAAAGGAGGUACAAUGACAAUAGAGCAAGGAAGGCAGGCAAUUGGUCAAAUAGACGGCGAUACGCAGGUAGCGACCGAAUCGUCGAGAACUGGUGGUCAGGAAGGGUCCGCGCGAGCGAAGCAAAGGCGCUGUGGAACAUGCGGCAAGGCCGGACAUAAUGCAAGAUGUCAAAUAGUCGUUGCCAUGUCUGAAUGA